UGUUGAUAAAUGAGCCCCAGAGACUCCUAUCCUCCAAUACUAUUUGGUUUUGUGUUUCUGUGUACCAACUUAUUUGUGUCUUUUGUCUAUGUAAUCAGCGGCAUGCCUUCUAUGUCAUGGAAUACCUGAGCGGGGAAAGCCUUGAAGACGAAUUGGACAACGGAUGGCUGGAAAGGGAGAGAGUCCAGUUCUAUUCGGCAGAGAUGAUAUGCGGCCUGCAGUUCCUGCACAGCAAGGGGAUCAUCCAUCGAGACAUCAAACCCCUCAACAUCUUGUUGGAUCACAAAGGCCAUGCUAGGAUUUCAGACUUCGGCCUGGCUGUACAAAAUGUCUUUAAAGAUGAUACCAUCACUGGCGAGCACGGAACUCUGGCAUACAUGGCCCCGGAGGUAAGACAUGGAAUUACAGUAUAUUUACAGUAG